AUGUGGUAUUGGGAUGAGGAUAAUCCGAGACAUAUAGAUGUGGGAACAAAAUUUGAUAGCAAAUUGCAGUUGAAAACUGCUAUCACAUUAUGGCAUGUGGGAACAGGUCGGAUGUGUGAGGUUAUGGAUAGUCAUUCAAGAAGAUGGCAUGCAGUAUGUAGGGACCCAUUUGGUCCGAAAAGAAGAGGCAGGGACCUUGGGCAACGCUACCCAUGUAAUUGGGAGGUUAAAGCAACAUUUAAGAAACGUGAUGGUAGCUGGUCGAUCAACUCAUGGGUUGAUCGUCAUUGCUGUAUGGGAGAUCACGAUCCAAGUGAACAUGUUAAUCUUACAUCAUCCAUGAUUGCUCUCUGUAUUCGAAGUCAAAUUGAAAAUGAUGCUGAAUUCAAGCCUUCUGCAGUGCUUACAUAUAUCAAAGAUAAAUUUCACGUGAAAAUCAGCUACAAGAAAGCAUGGUACGCUCGCAGAAAAGCUAUUGAGCUUGUAUAUGGUGGGUGGGAGGGAUCCUUCAGACAACUCCCCAGCUACCUGACUGAGUUGCAAACUCAAAAUCCGGGGACAAUCGUUGAGUCGUUGCAUGACCCUGUAUUGAGUCAAGGUAAUACAAAGGUGUUCCGCUACGUAUUUUGGGCAUUUGGGCCAGCAAUAGAGGCGUUCCAAGUAGCAAAGCCGGUCUUAUCAGUUAAUGGGACUCACCUGCGUGGAAGAUUGAAAGGUAAAUUACUUGCUGCAGUAGGUUACGAUGCAAAUAAGAAUUGUUUGCCUGUUGCUUUUGCUAUUGUUGAUGAAGAAACAAACGAGAGUUGGAGUUGGUUUUUGAAUCUUAUGAGAGUGCAUAUUAUAAAGCAUGACCAGGAAGUGUGCAUAAUAAGUGACAGACAUCAAGGCAUUAUAAAUGCCUUGAAGGCUGAUGUGUGGAAAGAGUCACCAGUUGGUUAUCAUCGAUUCUGUUUAAUUCACGUUAGAUAG